GCCAGGGCCAGGGCGACAUGGAGCCCCGGCGUCUCUCCCUGCUCCUGCUUCUCCUGUCUCUGUGGUGCUGCCCGGCCCUCUCCUGCCCCAGCCGGUGCCUCUGCUUUAAGAGCACCAUCCGCUGCAUGCACUUGAUGCUGGAUCAUGUCCCCCGGGUGCCGCAGCAGACCUCAGUCUUGGAUUUGCGAUUUAACAGAAUACAAGAAAUCCUAGCAGGCACCUUUAGGAAACUGAAGAAUUUGAACACUCUGCUUUUGAAUAACAAUCACAUCAGAAAGAUUUCAAGAAAUACUUUUGAAGGGCUGGAAAAUCUACAAUACCUUUACUUAUACAAGAAUGAAAUCCACACAAUAGACCAACAAGCAUUUAAAGGACUGCUAUCACUCGAGCAACUUUAUAUUCACUUCAAUCAAAUAGAAACAGUUGAGCCAGAAACCUUUAGAGGACUUCGAAAACUAGAGAGACUAUUUUUGCAUAACAACAAGUUUUCUAAGAUCCCACCUGGAAGUUUUUCUCAUCUGGAUUCGCUAAAGAGGCUGCGUUUGGACUCUAAUGCCUUAAUUUGUGACUGUGAGUUACUGUGGUUGGCUGAACUGAUAAAAGACUAUACCAGAAAAGGCAAUACCCAGGCUGCUGCUUCAUGUGAAUAUCCCAAGACACUUCAGGGAAGGCCUGUUGCCUCAUUACUGGUGGAAGAAUUCAACUGUGAGAGACCUCGUAUUACCUCAGAGCCUCGAGAUGCAGAUGUGACCCCAGGGAAUACAGUUUACUUUACUUGCAAAGCAGAAGGAAAUCCUAAACCCAAGAUAAUUUGGAUACAUAACAACCAGUCAUUGGAUAUGGAAGAUGACAGGCGGCUGAAUUUGCUCGAUGAUGGAACCCUCAUGAUCCAAAACACCAGAGAAUCAGACCAAGGUGUAUAUCAGUGCAUGGCCAAGAACGUGGCCGGAGAAGCCAAGACGCACAGUGCUUUCCUCAGAUACUCCAGCAUUCCAACCAAGCCCAGUUUUAUAAUUCAGCCCCAGAACACAGAAGUCUUAGUUGGUACCAGCACCACUUUGGAAUGCAUGGCCAUAGGCCAUCCUCAACCUCGUAUCAGCUGGUUCAGAGAAAAUGGAGACUCAUUGGAUGAAUCCAGGUACAUAGUCACUUCUGGAGGAGGACUUUUCAUACAGAAUGUGACACUGCAAGACCACGGUCAGUUUAUCUGCCAUGCUAGUAAUAAUCAGGACUCUAUUCAAGCAUCAGCAAAGAUUAUUGUCCAAGCUCCUCCACAGUUUACAGUGAGCCCCAAGGACCAAGUUGUGUUAGAAGGACACACAGUAGAUUUUCACUGUGAAGCAGAAGGUAACCCACCACCUGUGAUUGCCUGGACCAAAUCAGGAAGCCAGCUUCCUCAUGAUGGACACCACACUGUGUUGUCAUCUGGAACCUUGCGUAUUGCUUAUGUGGCCCAACAUGAUGAAGGCCAGUAUGAGUGCCAAGCUGUCAGUGCUUUGGGGGUGAGGAGGGUGUCCUUGGUACUAGGAGUGGAGCCCUUUGUACUGCCUGUGUUUACUAAGCUACCUCAAGAUACAAGUGUAGAGGUAGGAAGGAAUGUAGAGAUUCCUUGUAGUGCACAUGGAGAACCUCAGCCUAUACUCACUUGGCGGAAGAGUGGUAUACACAUCACAGCAAGUGGGAAAUUCCAUGUGAACCCAGAGGGCACUCUUACUAUCAGAGAUGUAGGACAAGCAGACCAGGGGAGAUAUGAAUGUGUUGCAAGGAACCCUUUUGGCCUCACAACAGCCAGCAUGUUACUGAUGGUUACUAUACCGCGAGGUAGACAAGCUGGCGAUAACUUUGUUGAAUCAUCCAUUCUCGAUGCCAUCCACCAAGUUGACAGUGCAAUUAACUCCACAAGAAGAAAUUUGUUUUCACAGCAUCCCCAAACCCCCACUGACCUGCUGGCUCAAUUCCGCUACCCACGGGAUCCUUUCACUAUAGAGACUGCAAGAGCAGGGGAGAUAUUUGAGCAAACUCUUCAAUUGAUUCAGGAACAUGUUAAACAGGGUCUCAGUGUUGAUUUUGAUGGAAUAGAAUUUCGCUACAAUGAUCUGGUUUCCCCACACUACCUCAGUCUGAUUGCCAAUCUCUCUGGAUGUACAGUUCAUAGACGCUUCCCGGACUGCUCUAACAUCUGUUUCCAUCAAAAAUACAGAAGCUACGAUGGAACAUGUAACAAUCUACAGUACCCAAUGUUGGGAGCCUCUCUGACUGCUUUUGAACGGAUCCUUAAACCUGUGUAUGAAAAUGGCUUUAACAUACCCAGGGGUUUCAAUCAUGACACUUUGUAUAAUGGUUAUCCCCUUCCACUACCACGGCUUAUCUCAACAGAAAUGGUUGGUACAGAGACUGUAACUCCUGAUGACAGAUACACUCAUAUGCUCAUGCAGUGGGGCCAAUUUUUAGACCAUGACUUGGAUCAGACGGUGCCUGCCCUGAGUAUGUCUCGUUUUUCUGAUGGGCAGUCUUGUAGCUCAGUGUGCACUAAUGAUCCGCCUUGCUUCCCUGUCAUAAUUCCUCAGAAUGAUUCUCGAGUGACAAAUUCGAAAUGCAUGUUCUUUGUUCGCUCAAGCCCAGUUUGUGGUAGUGGAAUGACCUCUUUAAUUAUGAAUUCAGUCUAUGCAAGAGAGCAAAUUAAUCAUCUGACAUCUUACAUUGAUGCCUCUAAUGUCUAUGCAAGUUCUGAGAGGGAGUCAGAAGAGCUAAGGGAUAAAACAAAUCACCAUGGCCUCCUCAAAGAAGGCCUACUGGUCCCAUCUUCUAGAAAGCACUUAUUACCAUUUGCCACAGGUCCACCAACUGAAUGCACAAAAGAUGAAAAUGAAAGCUCUAUACCAUGCUUCCUGGCAGGAGACCACAGAGCCAAUGAGCAGCUGGGUCUAACAGCUAUGCACACCUUGUGGUUCCGUGAACAUAAUCGCAUAGCGAGGGAACUCUUGAAAAUGAACCCACAUUGGGAUGGAGAUACAGUUUAUAAUGAAGCCAGAAAGAUUGUUGGUGCAGAGAUGCAAUAUAUUACAUAUAGUCACUGGCUACCGAAGAUCCUUGGCAAUCAUGGCAUGAAGAUGAUGGGCGAAUACAGAGGUUAUAACCCUAAUGUGAAUGCAGGGAUUAUUAAUGCUUUUGCAACUGCUGCUUUUAGAUUUGGCCACACAUUGAUCAAUCCUGUUCUUUAUCGUUUGAAUGAGAGCUUUGGAGAAAUUCCACAAGGCCACCUUCUUCUACACAAGGCUUUCUUUUCUCCAUUUCGAAUAAUCCGGGAAGGGGGUAUUGAUCCACUCCUUCGUGGCCUUUUUGGAGUUGCUGGUAAAAUGCGAGUACCUACUCAGCUUCUGAAUUUGGAGUUGACUGAGAGGCUUUUCUCCAUGGCACAUUCAGUGGCUCUGGAUCUGGCAGCUAUGAAUAUCCAGAGAGGGCGUGACCAUGGGAUUCCUCCAUAUGUUGACUAUAGGGUUUUCUGUAACUUAACUUCAAUUGAGAAGUUUGAGGAUCUCCAAAAUGAAAUUAAAGAUGCAAAAGUUAGAGAAACACUGAAAAAGCUGUAUGGCACACCCCUGAACAUUGACUUGUGGCCGGCUCUUAUGGUGGAAGAUUUGAUUCCUGGUACAAGAGUGGGACCAACUCUCAUGUGUCUUCUUGUUACACAGUUUCAAAGGCUCAGGGAUGGAGAUAGGUUCUGGUAUGAAAAUCCUGGAGUGUUCACGACAGCACAGCUCACACAACUGAAGCAGACUUCUUUGGCACGGGUACUCUGUGACAAUGGUGACAACAUCGAGCAGGUCCAGCCUGAUGUCUUCUUAAAGGCAGACUAUCCUCAAGGCUAUGUAAGCUGUAGCGACAUACCAAAAAUGGAUCUGAGAAUGUGGCAGGACUGCUGCGAAGACUGUAGGACACGGGGACAAUUCAGGACUCUUUCGCACCAGUUUCGGCGCAAACGAUCUGCUAAAUACAUUUAUUCCAAGCAGAAGAACAAAGCAGAUGCCCUGAGCGAUACUAAUAGCAGAUACCAGGAACUGCAUAGAAAUGCAACCAGUGCAAGACAUCUAGAUGACACAAUAUCCAGUGGAUUUAGUCAGGAUUUCAGUGAUUUUGUUGCAGAAAUUGAUAAGGCCAUCACAGCUCUAAAAGAGCAGAUAAACAAGCUGGAGGCUCGCCUGAGGCAGGAAGGUUGCAUAGAUGAUAAUGGGAUUCAGCGGAAGGAAGAUGAGCGGUGGAUGAAGGAAGACUGCAUUAGUUGUAGCUGUAAGAAUGGCCAGAUAAUCUGCACUGUAGAGACAUGUCCCUUAGUGGAGUGUUCAGCCCCUGCAAAGCUGGAAGGAAAAUGUUGUCCAGUCUGCAGAGAAAGUGAAAAUGCUAUAGAAUCACCAGCUGAACUUUAAUCAUUAUUUCUCUGAUAAUGAGCAUCCAUUGGACCUGCCUACUGAGAAGAUAUAACUUUUAAAUUCAAAGAAUCUGCCAAACAGUUACAAGUACUGCUGACUAUACCUGCACUAAAACAUUUGAUGUGAAAACACACACUGACUAAACAAUUAAGUCACUCUAGGGUUUUCAGGAUUCUGGGAACAUUAUCUUUCAACAUGGCUGGGUAUUGUGAGCAAGGCCACGAAAGAAUAUAGUGAAAGCCCUUUACAGUUUUACAUGUCCUGUAUUCGUGUAUUAGAAGUUGUUACAAGUUCGAAUCAGUAACUCAGCUUUAAAAAUCAUAUAUUAUUCUUGACCCCCUCUGCCAAAAGGCAGGGAGAAAAGGGAUCAAAAGUAUGAUAUAGCUUUGAACCAUGGUAUUUAACCAUUGACUGAAAUACUUUUUUGAAAUUCAAGUAAGUUUUAGGAGCAACAUCUUUUUUUUUUUAAUGCACUUUU